AUGCCGCAACGCACAUCAACGCCGCAACGCACAUCAGCGCCAAUGCGCGGCGUUCCGACGUGCCCCAGUGUCCCAGAGCCGUCCCUCGAGGUGCCUCCGCUGCUGCGGCGCAGCCGAACCGAAGGAACGCGCGAGACGGAUGCGUUCAACGACGCCGCGUCGCGUCUUGAGUGUGCGACGACGCAUGCGGCAUUCAAGGACUGCAGAGCAGCAUCGCAUGAGGCGAGCGCGGCGAGCGCGGCGAGUGUGGCGAGUGCAGCAUUCAAUACCUCUGGGAGACGCAGGACGCUGAGAGGUGACUCCUGCGGAAGCUUUUCGGAAGGGUGUAUUCCCCUUGUCCCGGACACUGUGGGAAGUAUAGCUAAUACUAGGGCCAAGGGGAGUACUCCCCACUUUGUGCCUGCCACAGAGCAUCGCCUUUUCUCCGGCCUUGACAAUGACCCGCCUCGCUUCCGCCAUCGCUCCUCCAUGUCAUUCUCCCAACUGCCGAACGUGUCGAUGGAAAUGCUGGUGCAGUCGGAAGCUGUGCAGAAGCUUCCACUGCAGAAGCUGCCAGCUCAGCAGUUGCCAACUCAGGAGCUGCCAGCUCAGCAGCUGCCAAUGCAACACCUUCCAAAACAGCUCCUGCCAACACAGCAACUGUCAGCGCAUGAUUUGGUAGCAGCAGCAGCUGAGAUUUCCGGGGCAGGAACGGGGAUGGCGCAUGCACAUUCGGCUUCGAAAUGUGACCUGCCCUUGGAUGCGUCACUUGGCGCUAAGGGGAGAGGCAGAGCGGAGCAGAAAGGGAAUCAGGCGAAAAACAAGCCGGCCUUGGAGCUGAGCGAAGGCCCACGUCAAGAGGAAGUAAAUGAUCGGCCGCCUCUCAGCCCAGCGCCCAUGCCGCGGCAAACACAUCGCAGGCGCAUGCGCCGCGUGGGCUCCGAGCCUGGCCUCUGGGUGGAUCGUCGCACCGAAGCAGAUGAGGAUCGGUGGAGGAGGAGAAAAGAGCAGGAUAUGGGAGAAGGUGAUUUGGAGGCUUCGGAUCUGAUUGUUCGGUCGCCGGAUAGUGGGUGGUGCAAGGUGGGAAGCGUGAAUGUGAGGAGUCCAGAGCACAGGAAAGGAGAUAUCCAUAGUGGUGGGAGCUCACUUGUCGCAGUGAAUGGUGCAGGCAGCAGGUACAAGCAAAGUGGAGGGAUGGGCAUGGCUGCAGGGGUGGGGGGGAAGCCUGUUGGUGGAGGGCAGAGGCAUGUGGGGACGAACAGCAGGAGUACGCAAUUGGACCCGGUUCUUCAUGUCAGCAGCAAGGGUUUAGAGGCAGCGAGUGAAGCAGCAAGGCAUCCAGUUGCAUUGCAGUCUCAAUCGCGAUCUUUGCUCGUUGUGACGCACUCCCGUCGCAUUAGGGUUACUCCCUCUGUCGCCUACGCUCAUCCCUCCCGUCGCGUAAUCAUAUUCCCCCCCGUGGCCCACGCUCACUCCCCUCCCGUCGCCUUCGCUCUUUCCCCUCCAUCGUCCCACGCUCACUCCCUCGCGUCGUCUUCGCUCAUUCCCCCCCGUCGCCCAUGCUCACUCCCUACCGUCGUGUUCGCACACUCCCCUUCCGCCGCCCACGCUCACUCCGUCCCGUCGCGUUCGUCCACUCCCCUUCCACCGCCCACGCUCACUCCCCUCCCGUCGCGACUGUCCCCUCCGUCGCACACGCUCAUUCCUCUCAAACGCCCAUCUUCACUCCCCUCCGUCGCCCACGCUCACUCUCUCCCGUCGCCCACGCUCACUCCGACGGGAAGCACGCUCAUUUUCCAUCCGUCGCCCAUGCUCACUGCCUGUACGUCGCACACGCUCACUCCCCUCCGUCGCCCACGCUCACCCCCUCCCGUCGCCUUCGCUCACUCCCCUUCCGCCGCCCACGCUCGCUCCCUCCCGUCGCGUUCGGCCCCAUCCGUCGCCCACGCUCACUCCCCUGCCGUCGCCCAUCCGCCUCACCCCAUAUCCACCCCACCCCAUCUCCGCCUCACCCCAUCUCCGCCUCACCCCAUCUCCGCCUCACCCCAUCUCCGCCUCACCCCAUCUCCGCCUCACCCCAUCUCCGCCUCACCCCAUCUCCGCCUCACCCCAUCUCCUCCUCACCCCAGCUCCGUCCGCGCGCACUCCCUCCCGUCGCGCGCGACAACUCCCCUUCCGCCGCCCACGUUCUCUCCCUCCCGCCCGCAUUCACUCACCCCCCUCGCUCGGCCACGCGAUUUCCCUCUUGUCGCCCACGCUCACACCACCCCGCCGCACACACUCUCCCCCCAUCCGUCGCCCACGCUCACUGCCCGUACUCCGCACACGCUCACUUCCCUCCGUCGCCCACGCUCACCACCUGCCCCUCGCCUUCUCUCAUUCCCCUCCGUCGCCUAUGCUCCCUCCCCAUCCCUUCCCUCCCCAUCCCUUCCCUCCCCAUCCCUUCCCUCCCCAUCCCUUCCCUCCCCAUCCCUUCCCUCCCCAUCCCUUCCCUCCCCAUCCCUUCCCUCCCCAUCCCUUCCCUCCCCAUCCCUUCCCUCCCCAUCCCUCCUCUCCCCGUCCCCUCCUCUCCCCGUUCCCUCCUCUCCCCAUCCCCGCCUCCCCAUCCCCGCCUCCCCAUCCCUUCCCUCUCCAUCCCCCAUCUCCCCAUCCCUCACCUCCCAGUCUCUCAUCUUACCAUUCCUCUUCUACCCAUCCCUCACCUCCCCAUCCCCGUUCCGCCCCACCCCAUUCCGCCCCAAACCCAUCCCUCCUCACCUUUCCCCAUCCCUCCUCUCCCAUCCGUCCUUUCCCCAUCCGUCCUCCUCACCCCAUCUCCUCCUCACCCCAUCUCCUCCUCACCCCAUCUCCUCACCCCAUCCCCUCAUCACCCCAUCUCCUCCUCAUCCCUCCUCUCCCCGUCCCCUCCUCUCCCCAUGCCCUCCUCUCCCCGUCCCCUCCUCUCCCCGUCCCCUCCUCUCCCCGUUCCCUCCUCUCCCCGUCCCCUCCUCUCCCCGUCCCCUCCUCUCCCCGUUCCCUCCUCUCCCCGUCCCCUCCUCUCCCCGUUCCCUCCUCUCCCCGUUCCCUCCUCUCCCCGUCCCCUCCUCUCCCCCUCCCCUCCUAUACGCAUCCCCUCCUCUUUCAAACCCAUCCUCUCUUGGUUUUUCCUCACCCCAUCCCUUCAUCUCCCCAUCCCCUCCUCACCCCAUCCCCUCCUCUCUCCAUCCCCUCCUCUCCCCAUCCCCUCCUCUCCCCAUCCCCUCCUCUUCUCAUCCCCUCCUCUCCCUGCCCCCUCUUCUUCCCAUCCCCUCGUCUCCCUGUUCCCUCCUCUUCUUAUCCCUUCCUUCCCCCAUCCCGUUGCCCCUUUCCUCCAUGUCUCUUCACUUUGUUCCCCCCGUCCUCCUUCCUCAUUCCUCCCUGCCACCCUUUCUCCUCCCCUCUUUCCUCCCCAGCCUUUCUUCCUCCCCUCCCUUCUGCUUCUCUCCCCCACGUCCUCCCUACCUCCCUUCCCCCAACCAUCACUAA